CAAGAGUCCAACACUACUUCUCUGCAGUCCAACUCAUCUGUAAGAGGAUCAUAGAGCGACCUCAUCUCCAAACUGGCAGCAUGGCAUCUUCAAGUCUCUUCCCACCGCCUCUGACGCUUCACUUUGCGCCUCCAGCAGGCAGCAGCAUCAGCAGCGGUAGUGGAGAGGAGCCCAUAGACCAACCGCCCAACCUUAUGCCCUUUUCAAUCGAGUACACCGGCCCAGCCAACGUAGACGGCUAUCUCGUCUCCCAUCAGGCGGCCAAAAAGACCUCUUCUUCUUCCGCCACUUCCUCAUCAUCUCAACAUCAACAGCAUGCACACAGCUCACUAGCUGGACCCUCUGGAGUGGAUAUCCCCCAAGAGGAAGUCUACACUCACUUUCGCGGCCGAAGACUCUGGCGUACCACACUCCCUCUACCGGCUGACUGGAGCGGAAGGGUCUGUCUGCUACAGCGAGAGCGACCAAGAGAUGCUCCCGUUGGGGCCAGAACAGGCUCAUCGCAGACUGCAAUGGGAGAAGGAGCUGAUACCGUUGCGGGAGAAGUGGCUCGCCGACGCUUGGAGCAAGAGGAGGCGGCAGAGAGAGAGGAGAUGCGCAGGAAGAAGCGAAGACUGAAUGCUGCUGCUGCUGCCUCGAGUAGUUCGGGGAGAAACGGACCUGCGGUCAAGAAGCCGGCUGCGAUGGCUACUUUCUCCAUGGACGAUGACGAAGACGAGGUUGAGGAUGAGGACGAGGGGGACAUGAAUGGAGGAGCGGGUCUGAGCGAGGAGGAGGAAGCGGACGUCUAUGACCUUCGUGAUGAAGAAGAUCCACACGAUGACGACGAUCAUCCUCAAGAAGACGACUUCCUACCCCAAGACCUCCCCACGGCGCCUUCGGACACUCGGAGCACCGCUCCACCCCUCCCGCAAUCAGUCACAACCACGUCUCUCCUCCCUUCUUCACGCUUCUCGACUAUCCACAUAUGGAGCCCAGACGGGAAGCUGGAUGCAGGAGACGAGGAGCUGGUAAAGGUGCUCGGCGAGUGGAGGUCCAUCAAUACGCUAGUGAGUGCAAGAGGGAUCGCUUGAAGGUCGGGCUGUUGCCAAUUCCGAGACGAGACGAGACUGGGACUGAUCAUUCUACUUGCUUCCUUGUGUCGCUUCUUUAGCUUCAUUCUGCCUGAAGCGCUGCUCCAUCUCGACCUUUCUCACACUAGACAGUCCUUUCCGCUCCUUGUGC